CCGCCUGCGCUUCGGAGCCGGUGCCCGGCGUGGCGGGGCUCCGCAACCACGGCAACACGUGCUUCAUGAACGCCACGCUGCAGUGCCUCAGCAACACCGAGCUCUUCGCCGAGUACCUGGCCCUGGGCCAGUACCGGGUGGGCCGGCCGGAGCCCGAGCCCGAGCCGGAGCAGCCGGCGGGUCGCGGCCCGCACGGCCAGGGCGAGGUCACCGAGCAGCUGGCGCACCUGGUGCGGGCGCUCUGGACGCUGGAGUACACCCCGCAGCACAGCCGGGACUUCAAGAGUAUCGUGUCAAAGAAUGCUCUGCAGUAUCGAGGAAAUUCCCAGCAUGAUGCCCAGGAGUUUCUGCUAUGGCUUUUGGAUCGAGUUCAUGAAGACCUCAAUCAUGCUGUAAAGCAGAGUGGCCAGCCUCCUGUGAAGCCACCAUCAGAGGCUGAUAUGAUGCCUGAGGGACCAUCUUUUCCUGUGUGUAGCACUUUUGUACAAGAACUUUUUCAAGCCCAGUACAGAUCUUCUUUGACAUGUCCUCAUUGUCAGAAACAGAGCAACACUUUUGACCCUUUCCUGUGCAUUUCUUUGCCAAUUCCACUACCCCACACAAGGCCUCUCUAUGUCACUGUAGUGUAUCAAGGGAAAUGUUCCCACUGCAUGAGGAUUGGUGUGGCUGUGCCUCUGUCUGGGACUGUUGCCAGACUUCGGGAAGCCGUGUCUAUGGAGACAAAGAUCCCUACUGAUCAGAUUGUGUUAACGGAAAUGUACUAUGAUGGGUUCCAUCGUUCCUUUAGUGACACAGAUGACCUGGAGACGGUUCAUGAAAGUGAUUGCAUUUUUGCCUUUGAGACUCCAGAAAUAUUUAGGCCUGAAGGAAUUCUCAGUCAAAGAGGCAUUCACUUAAACAACAAUUUAAACCACUUGAAAUUUGGCUUGGAUCAUCACAGACUGUCUUCCCCACCAUCAGCAACAGCAAAACAAGGGAAAGUGGACUUGCCCCCAAGAGUGGCAAGUGACAAGAUUGUUCUGCUUGUGUGUAACCGGGCCUGUACUGGGCAGCAGGGGAAAAGAUUUGGACUGCCUUUUGUCCUACACCUAGAGAAGACAGUAGCGUGGGACCUUCUGCAGAAGGAGAUCUUGGAGAAGAUGAAGUACUUCUUGAGACCUACUGUCAGCAUCCAGGUGUGUCCAUUUAGUUUGCGUGUGGUCAGUGUCGUGGGAAUAACUUACUUGCUGCCUCAGGAAGAGCAGCCCUUGUGCCACCCAACAGUAGAAAGGGCAUUGAAGUCCUGUGGACCAGGCGGCACGGCUCACGUGAAACUGGUAGUCGAGUGGGACAAGGAGACCAAGGACUUCCUGUUUGUAAACACUGAAGAUGAGUAUAUCCCUGAUGCAGAGAGUGUCCGUCUGCAGAAGGAGCAUCAUCAUCAGCCACAAACCUGCACUUUAUCACAGUGUUUCCAACUCUACACCAAAGAAGAACGGCUUGCUCCAGAUGAUGCAUGGCGGUGCCCACACUGCAAGCAGCUGCAACAGGGGAGCAUCACAUUAAGCCUGUGGACUCUGCCUGAUGUGCUUAUUAUACACCUCAAGAGAUUCCGCCAGGAAGGAGACAGGCGUAUGAAACUUCAGAACAUGGUCAAGUUCCCCUUGACUGGCCUGGAUAUGACACCUCAUGUGGUUAAGAGAAGCCAGAGCAGCUGGAGCUUGCCAUCUCAUUGGUCCCCAUGGAGACGGCCCUAUGGACUCGGGAGGGACCCUGAGGACUACAUCUAUGACCUGUAUGCUGUGUGCAAUCAUCAUGGCACCAUGCAAGGGGGGCACUACACAGCGUACUGUAAGAACUCCGUGGACGGUCUCUGGUAUUGCUUCGAUGACAGCGAUGUGCAGCAGCUGUCAGAAGAAGAGGUGUGCACACAGACAGCUUACAUACUUUUCUACCAGAGGCGGACAGCCAUCCCAUCAUGGUCGGCCAAUAGCUCAGUGGCAGGUUCCACAAGUUCUUCUCUGUGUGAGCACUGGGUGAGCCGGCUCCCAGGGAGCAAGCAAGCCAGCGUGACCUCUGCAGCCUCCUCCAGACGCACCUCCUUGGCCUCACUCUCUGAGUCUGUGGAGAUGACAGGAGAAAGGAGUGAAGACGAUGGAGGCUUUUCUACUCGACCGUUCGUGAGAAGUGUGCAGCGACAAAGUCUGUCAUCCAGAUCUUCUGUCACCAGCCCCUUGGCAGUCAAUGAAAAUUGCAUGCGGCCUUCUUGGUCCCUGUCUGCCAAGCUUCAGAUGCGUUCCAGUUCUCCUUCCCGCUUCUCAGGGGACUCCCCGAUCCAUGGAUCUGCCUCCACCCUUGAAAGGAUUGGGGAAGCAGGUGACGACAAAGUCUCCAUUUCUUGCUUCGGUAGUCUACGGAACCUUUCUGGUAGCCACCAGGAACCAAGUGACAGUCACAAUAGACGAGAGCACAAGGCUGUGGGCCGGGCCCCACUGGCUGUCAUGGAAGGUGUGUUCAAAGAUGAGUCAGACUCUCGAAGAUUAAACUCCAGUGUGGUAGACACACCAAACAAAAAUCUAGCACAAGGGGAUUGCUUGCCCCCGGUCUCUGACCCUUUCGAUAAUAAUAACCAGAUUGCUUAUGUGGAUCAGAGUGAUUCUGUUGACAGCUCUCCAGUCAAAGAGGUGAAACCUCCCAGCCACCCAGACUCCCUCACAAAGAAGCCAGAGAGCACAACCAAGAGACCCCCUAGUUCCAAAGGCACUUCUGAGCCAGAGAAGAGCAUGCGGAAGGGGAGGCCAGCCUUGGCCAGCCAGGAAUCUUCUCUUUCAAGUCCAUCCCCUUCUUCACCUGUUCCUGUGAAGGUUUCCAUGAAACCUGCCCGCUGUCGGAGCAAAGCAGAUUCUUCCAGGGCCAGUGGGAGGCAUUCAUCCCCCGCCUCUACCCAACCCAAAAAAGAAUCGUCCCCCAGGUCCCAGGAAUCCAUGUCUUCUCCUUCACCACAGAAGCAGAAGUCUGCUUCUGCCUUCACUUACUCCUCUUCCUCCAUAUCUGCCAAAAAAGCCCCAGGCCCUGGCACCAGGGGCUCCUACCCUUCUGGGAAGAGCAGGACUUCUGACCGGAGCUUGAGUAGAGAGGGUUCCAGACAAAGCUUAGGUUCUGACAGAGCCAGUGUCUCCUCCACCUCCACCUCCAAACCCAGCUCCCCUCGGGUGAAUCAGGCCAGAGCAGGGGACAGCAGAGUCGAUGGCAAACACGUUCGGAGCUCCUCCAUGGCCAGCCUGCGCUCGCCGAGCACCAGCGUGCGCUCUGGGCUGAAGAGGGACAGCAAGUCUGAAGAUAAGGGACUGUCCUUCUUUAAGUCAGCCUUGAGACAGAAAGAGACCCGGCGCUCCACUGACCUUGGCAAGACAACCUUGCUGUCCAAAAAGGCUGGCGGGAGCUCUGUCAAGUCUGUCAGUAAGAAUACCCCAGAUGACAAGGCCGAGAAAGGCCGUCAGCCCCCGGCCUCACAGCAGCCAAACACAAAUGCAGCUGGAAAGGAACAGCUUGUCUCCAAGGACCCUGCUUCUGCUAAACAUUCCUUGCUAUCUGCUCGAAGAUCCAAGUCUUCCCAGCUAGAUUCCGGAGUUCCCUUGUCUCCCAGUAGCAGGCCGGCCACUGAGAAAGGCUCCAAAAAGCUAUCUUCUAGCAUGCAAACCUCUGCACGGCCUUCUCAAAAACCUCAGUGAUCUUUUGCAAUCCGGGUGUUUUAUCUGUACAGAUGUUUAUUUAUUUAGAACUCCCCCCUUCCCACCAAAGCUCUCUAUGCUUUUUUUUUUUUUUUUUUUUUUUGGGUCAUGUGCCUGACUGUGUGAGAGAGUAUGAGUGUGUGUAUGUAAUUCAAAUUGUUAAAAGUGUCGCCUUAUUCUGCCAUUGAACCAAAUAACAGCCAUAGGCAAAGCAUUGAUACCAAGCUAACUGGAAUAACUGUAGAAAAUAAUCUGGAUAGUCCCUUUAGCAAUUGUACCUAUUUCUUUCUAGAGAACUCUAAGACUAGUUCUUGGUGUCACUGGACACUAGGGUUUGGAAACCUGUGAACUAAUUAAGCUAUCAGUGUGUAGACAGAUGAACUGUUUGACUUGGGUUUCAUCUGAGCAGAAUUUAUCUUCAUGUAGAUUGUUGAGUGGCAUUAGGAGCUUAAAAAACAAAAACUGUGACACUAACAGCAAAAUAAACUGAGGGAAAACUUGCUUUCUGCGCUUGGGCCCAUCUACCAGUCUUUGUAAGGGCGAUAUCUUAACACUAAUGUUUCUCAGGUAUACAUACUCAGCUAGUAUAGGAUGGAUGUGCAUCACUAAUAAAUGGGUUCAAGAGGAAGGUGACAUGCGGGGAGGUGGAGACUGUCCUUUCUCCUACUGCCAUAGGUAGAGGGUUCAGAAGUAGACAUGAAAUCUUUUCUACCUUCACAUCUGCAGUGAUAUGCAUACCCUAGCCUGUCUUGACUCCUUGGAUAUGUUCUAAGAUCUGGCAAAGUUUGGAUAGUCAGAAAUCCAGUCACUAAUAUAUUUUUUUUUUCAUUCUAAAUUUGCUGGGCAAGGCCAUUGGAAUUUUAAACUGUAACAGAACAGUUAAUGCCUUUGAAAGGUAACCAGAAAAUUUUUUUAUUCCAAGCUGGAAGCCUGAGUUGAUAACAUUUUCGUUCCCUGAUGUUGCUUUUUUUCUGUUACAAGUUGAGGAUCUCAUAUUGCCCCUUGUGUGCAUGCUUACUGCCUUGUCUUGUUGCUUGGGAAAGAAAGAGGUUGCCUCCUGCCUAGAGCCACUGACGGUGUGUUGACAUGAGGUGCGACAAAGCAUUGCAUGUGCACUUUGGAUCCCGCCUGUCAAUCUUCCCUUUGACUGCUUUUCAGUAACUCUUUUAUGUCUACUCUGUUCUGGAGAAUCCAUCUCAGACCAAUAACUCAAGCAGAGUCUGGCAUAUGUUCCCUUUGGCAUGUAGUUGCAAAUUACAUUAUUGUAUGUGAAAAGGGGAACCUCACUGAAUUCUCACAGGUAAAACAGUUUUCCAAGCUUUGAGGAAAUCACUUGGAAAUACUUUCCAGCCUAGUUUUUUAGUAUCCUCUUUUUUUUUUUUUUUUUUUUUUAAGCAUCAAGAGAAUCAUGGUCUUGAUUCUCAGAGUAGCAUUCGUCACUUUGUCAUUAAGUAUAGCAUGUUGAGUUUAUGUGUUAUUGAAUACUGAGGCUCAUGGUUCCCAGGUCCAUACAAACUCCUUUUCAGUAUUUCUGUGAAUCAACUGCAGUGCAUAUGUGCAUGCAGUUUUGAUUUCUGCACUGUCCUUUUUUUGUUUUUUGAAUGAAUACCUCUUGGGAAGUAUUUCCAGUAGAUUACUUAAGUUUAUUUUGCUGCUAAUGUGGACAUUAGCUGGUAGCUUGCAGGUUCAGGGUGGCUGGGAUUUUCAGCCCUUGUAGUGUUUGAGGUUUAGGUGUUCAUCCUUGUGCACGUUACCACAGUGCUCCAUGUAAUCCAGUGUGUGUUAGCUAGUGCCCACUGCACUCAGACCCGUACUCGCUGCUUAUUUGUCCCCCUUUGUGGCUUCCCAAAGCAUUGAGGCUCUCUGGCCUGCUUUGGUGUGACUGAGGUGACAGCUGUCUUUGCAUGUCAUCAUUAUUAGUGGCACAAGGUCAGCCCCAUCAGUGUUUAGCCAGUCUUGUUUUCUUUAUCUGAAAAAGCACUAAGUGUGAGGCCAUCAGUAUCAGGAACUGAGCGUUUGUGUGAUUUGAGCCUCUGAAAUGGUCUUAGAAUUAGAGUGUGAUAAGACAAAGGGUUUAAUAACAAGCUGUUUUGCCAUAAUUAAGAUGAAUAGAAACUAGUUUAAUUUUCACAGUACUUCAUAGUUUUAUUCUUGAUUGCAGUAGGAAUGGAUCCUCCCUCCCACAUGUAUCAUGUUUUCUUAAAAAAAAAAAAAAAGAAUCCUCUACAAGUCUCUUUACUUUUCCAUGGGAUCUAGAAAUACAAUUUCUAUAAUAUAAUAAAAUUGAAAAGCUCUCUCUCUAUAUAUGUGUGUGUGCACAUACACACAUAUAUGGAGUUUAGUCCUUAUUUCAUAUUUAAUUUACUAGACAAAAGUCAGGACAUAUGGCAUUGUCUAGGCUAUGAAGCUGACAUGCUUGUGAGGUUGGGAAACAAUGAAAUCCAAUUCCUGACUACUGGGGUGUGUUUAAGACCCAGGAAAGGCUGCUUUGAAGGCAUUGUCUGAAGUGAAAUAGCUUACCUGAGUGUUGUUACUUGGUUCAUUCAGUUCUGUGGCCGGGUUAAGGACUUGGUUAUUACAGUCUUUUCCCAGUGAUUUGGAUACAGUGAACAUAUGUGUGCUUUGGGGUCAAAAUCACCUGCUCAGAUGGUAGGCCUGAAUUUCUGCUUGGCAACCCACUGAGCCUGGUUAGGGCAGUCAUUCCCAGCAGGCACAGAGCACCAACCAACAGAGUGAUGCAAUAGUAAUUUUUUUUUAGUGUUAAAUAAGACCCCUUUUCAUCCUUGCUCUCUUUUCCUGUAAACAUCCUGUGCAUGAGGCUACACCAUUCCUUGAGUCAGCCUUCUGCCUUGCCUUCAUGUCUCUUUAGAUGAUGCUCUUGUCACUUAAGACCCUUGCCAACCCCUUUUGUAUUUUCUUAUGCCUGAGAGUAAGUAGUGCCAUGCCAGACCAAUAGAGCAAUGUGGUAUAUCUGUGCUGUGUCACAGUUGUGCAGAGAUCUGAGGUUGACUUGAACACAUGUAAUCCUUAUUUAAUCAUUCAUUCAUUCAGUUCAUUUGGGCCUGCUUUGCAUACAGAGGUAAACAGAAAGCUUCAACCGUCUGCUAUAGUUGAGUCCUGGGAGACACCAGAGCAAACAGGGUCUGCCAUGGAGUGGUAGUCUUCAGCAGAAACACCAAAUGGAUUCUGGUCGGCUAAGGCCUGAGAUUCUCUUGAGUUUUUGUCUGGAAACCAAAAGUGUCCUUGUUUAUCUCUGGAGACAUUGUGGUCUUCUGGCCACUGGUUCAGACUGAGCUGUUUACUGUGCAGAGUUAAAAUCUAGUACCUAGUCACGCUGCAUUAGAAUCCGCCCUCUGUGUUUGUAUGAGGUGGAAUGGAGAUUGCUGAGGGAUGGGAUGCAUUGUUACCCUCUAACUGUAAUAAAACAAAUAGGAAUGGUUUGUCAAGGGAGCAGUAGUGUCAGCUUAAGGGAAUAUGGAUUAAAGAGUUGUAAACAAAGCUCACUUCAAAUAAACCCUCUUUAAGUAGAUGGACACAUGGCAUCACAUUUCAUUUUGAUAGAUUAUCAAAUAGCUGAAGUUACAGUUUUCUGUGUAGAUUGUCAUUGAAUACAAAGGUAAUUAGUGUUCCAGGUUGAACUAGAAUGAAAACCAUAAGCACAGUUUCAAUAAAACACAGUUUGGAGGUGCAUUGAUACUUUUAUUUUGGAGUUGAGAAGGGCAAAAUUUGCUGACAUACCAGUGCCUAACAUAAAAACAGCUUAGCUGCUAGUAUGCAGGCUGCUCUUGCUUGAAUUUUAUAAAAGGUUCAUUGCUGUUCAACUGACUGCACCUUUCAGGUGGGACAUAAUGCUUUUAUUUCAAUCAAUGCUCGGUGUCCCAUGCUGCCUUUUGAUCAGACCCCAAAUUGUUUUUUUGUAGCUGCCUUUUGAGCAUGACUGAUCAUUUUACCCUCAAGUAAAGAAAGCAGUUUUGCAUGCCCUCCAUUUAGCCCAGAAAGCAUGCUCAUACUACCUAUGCAAGCAACUGAUUAAAAGUAUACAGAGAAACUACACUAAACGUUGAGUUUUUAAAAAGGAAAAAGACAACUCAGAUUCUGGAGCUCUAUUUUUGAAUUUGUAAUUUUUAAAAUGUGGCUUAAUCAUCAGUGUAGGUGAGCAUGAAUGUGAAUUUUAGGUUGCUUUGCGUCUAUUUCUCUGCCAAUCUUUUUGAUCAUUGGUGAGAUUGUGUAUAAAAUAGUAUUUUGCAAGCAGGAGUGGAUUGGAUGGAUUGGAUAUGUUGAACAUACACUGGUGUAUAUACUGUAUUUAGCCUGAAAACUUUCCUAAAGUAUUUUGUUCUAAGAAAUAACCUGCCAUUUUCUAUAGAUUUUAAUUUUUUAUAUCUUCUAGUGUCCUUCAUCAUAAGGAGAGAUGUGGCUUCACAUAAUGCUAACAAUUUUUAAAUGCUUUUGUAGAGACUUGGAGCUGUUUAGGAAGGCUCUGGGUCUUCCCACCCACUGGUCUCAGUAAGAUUAAGGAUGUGGAAUGUAUGAUAGUGUUGUACAGUGGAUUCAGGUCUAGAUCCAUCUCCAGUUCAUUUAAAACCAUUGUUUCCUAUGGGGCAGGGACAGGGACAAUAGGCUCAUAGUGUAUGUGAAAGGUGUCUUCAGAUCUCAUACAUACACUAUCCCCAGGCCUCUUCUGGAUGAUUCACCUGAGGUCACUAGGGUCAUCAAGGGACUUGGAAUGCCUGGGCCUCUCCUGGGCUUUUAAUGCCAGUUAGCACUGGUUGGGUCCCGUGACUUUCUCUCCCAGUUGCAGUAGAAUUGAGAAGCAUAUGGUACACCAUCUUUUGCCAACAGUUUAUGGCGAGAUUCAUCACUGCCAUGCAAAGUACUCAGGAGGAAUUCCAGUUGUGUUGGACAAGAAAAUUAAAAGGUGUCAAUCCCCUGCUUGCAAUUCAGGGGACAGGGGCUUUCUGACUUCAAGGCCUGAUUUGGACCUGUGGAGCAUUUUAUGGGUGGUAUGUCACUUGCCAUUCUGGGGAUGAUCUUGGUGGCAGGCGCAGUGCCCAAAGGGGUCCAAAUUCAUUUCCAGAGCCUCUCUCCAAACUCUGCUGUGUGGCUGAGACCCAUGCAGGAGGAGAAGUCACCCCAGGUUAGAGAAUGUGUCUGAAGACAGUAGAAAGCUGCCUGUGUAGCCUUGCAAACCUUUCUCUGCUUUGACAGCACAGUUGCAAACCACAGGCUGCGCUGGGCCUCCUGCUCAGAGUGCACUCCUCCACCCUCGGUCUGUCUCCGCUGCUCAGAAUGUAGCUUGAGGAGGCCUUCUCAGUGUAAAAACAAUGUGAAAUGUUUUGUUUGAAUUACUUUGGAGCUCUCAUUGCUAUUUGUUCAUGUAAUUUAAAAAAAUCAAUACUUAUCCAGGAAUUUGGCACUAUGUGUUACCUGCAGAGGCACAUGACGUUUGGUUUUAAUCCGUGGUGAGCUAGGUGCACUAUACCAUCUUCAAAAUAAUCUACUGUGCUGUGUGGCUUCAUCCCAUUGAGCAUCAGGCUGCCUACAAAAAGAGACAGUUUAUGUGACAUGGUCCAUAUUUUAAGGAGUAAGGAUAUUAGGAAAAAUCAGAGCUGGAACAGCUUUGGCACAGCCUCCCAGAGUCGAGCUCUCUGCUGCUGUGAACAUGCAGCAUGAACUUUCCUAGGUGCUAUUCCAGACUGGGGGACUGUGUUUCUGCCCUUGCGGCUCUGUCGGUCUUUCCUGUAGGCAUUUAUGUCCUGUGUAGGUCUGCUCACCGACUGUGCCUCUCACCACUGGUUAAAAAUGAAUUCAGGCCCCAUUACCAAAAUGGUUUUUUGAUUCUUUUGUGUAUUUACAGCGGUGUUUAUUUCUCUGGUUGUCUUAAAAGCUGCAUGUCAUAUCACUGUACUCAAAAUGCUUUGGUGUCAUUCAUGAGCCAGUAGUGAGCUCUAUAAAUUUUUCAGUAAAAGGAUGGCAGAGUAUCUUUCCUGCAGGCUGGAAGAAAAUGUUCCCUACAUUUUAAAUUAUUUUAGGCCAAGUGCAUGAGGUGUGUCACUGCCUUCUGUUAUUUAUUUGUAUAUUUUAUUAUUCCAGGUGUAUGCACUUUUAAGAAGCAGAAUUUAUAUUUUUAUGUUUAAAACAUUUUAUUUCUGAGACAGCAGUUGGUUAUAUAGUAUACAAUUGGAAUUAAGAGAAAACUGGAAAAUGUAACAAAACAUAAUAAAUUUAUUACAUGAUGCCUUCAA